ACAAUUGUAUGUUGUCAUAUUCUAUAAUUAUUCGACACCUGGGAACGGGAUGUAUAUGAAUGGGACUUUGUCUUUGGUCGUCACACACUCAAGAACAUUACAGCUGGCGGUGCGUGUCGGUCAACAAAUCUGCUGAUCUCUAUAAAAAAAAAUUGGAUUAUUGAAAUACAAUUUGUGUGCAUUAGGAAUUUCACAAAAAAAAAACCCACAGUUGAGAAAGAUGAGGAUUGUAUUACUUGUAAUUUAUCUCUGUUCUUCAGCUGUUAAUUUUGGAAGUACAUGCGAUGUAGAUGAUUGUCAAGAAAAAUACGAUGAAGUCGAUGACGUCAUCGGCAGAGUUCCAGCGCCAAGAUUUGCUUGCAGGGCUCUAAAUGAAUACAUAGAAUGUCUUGCAGACCAACUAGGAGAUUGUCCCAUUCCCCAUAGAUCUGCUAUACAGCAUGUAAAAUCCAGGUGGACAAAAUAUGUGAGCACCUGCAAUAGUGUACUGCCAUUUCAGGACGAAGACAGCGGCGAGACCACCGUCACUGUGUCAGUCCAGAACGGUGUGGACCAGGUCCGAAAUCAGUUAAACGGUGCUAUUUUAUUGCCACAACCGGCACAACCUAGUCUUAUACAGAGAUUAGUCAGCAACCAACCACUAACUCAAGAUAGAGUACUUGGAAAAUUGGCCGGUGGAACAGGGGGUGUGCUGAAUAACAUAAAGGAAAUUGUAAAAGAAACUGUUGAUGAGGUCAUUGAUAGUUCGAGGGAAAUUCCAGACCGUGUUGAGGAUGUUAUAGAAAACGUUCGCGAUAUGGUCAUUUCCAAAAUAAACAGUGCUCAUCCAAUCAUUCAACAACUUGCUGACAAAAUAGAGGAGAAAGUAGAUGAACGUGAUGAUUCAAAAGUAGUAGAUAAUGAUGACGCACUGAGCAAGGAAAUAGACAGCACAGAAAGUGAGGAAGAUUUGAUUAAAAAUUCUGAGAACAACAGUGUUGAGGAGAAUUUUGACAAUGUUGUUGACUUUCUGAAUUACCACUUAUCGGCGGAUGAUGGACAUAUUAAAACAGAUUUAGAAGAGAAGGACAGCAAUGAGGUAGAAGACAGUCGUGAAGACAUCGAAGACGAUACUGAUGAUAGCAACGAUGUAAGUAAAGAUACCGAUAACUCACAGGACCAUGGCAGUGAAAGUAACGAAGAAAACGCAAGCACUGAUUCCAUUAAAAAUAUUGAUGAUUCAGAGGAAGAUGGCGACAGUAAUGAAAACGAUGAUUUUGAGGUUUCACUCGAUAAAGACAAUGAUAGUAAUUUACUUGAUGUCCUUACUGAUGUUUAUAAUUCGGAUGAAAAUAUCCUAGACACAGAUGAUUCAGAUGAAAAUGAAGUCUCUCUAAUCAAAGUAAAUAGUCAAAAUGACGAUUCCAACGAAAAUGAUAAAGAUAGUGAGGAUCUUGACAAUAGCGGUGAUGACUCGCAUGAACAUUCCAAAGAAGAUCAUGUUGAACAUGACGAUAGCAACGAAAAUGACUCUCUAGACAGCCACCAGGUUGUUGAGGACAGCGAUGAAAACAACAUUCAAGACAGCAAUACAGAUCUUAGCGAUGAAAAUAAUGGAAAUGACAGCGAUGAAUACGACAAUCAUGAACACAGUGAGGAUAGUAAUGAACACGAUGAAAGCAUUGAAAACGACAACAUGAACAGCGAUGAAAAUAACGACAGUCAUGAACACGGUGAUAGCCAGGAUGAUUCACAUGAACACAGCGAAAACCGAGAUGAUUCACAUGAACACGGACAUAGCUCAGACGAACAUAGUCAUCUAUCAGUUCUUACAGAUCCAUCAACGGGCACUGCAAAUAUAGAGGGUAAUUCCCGCCGUAGGUCUGGUACCGGAGUGGGCGGUGUCCAUCAAUACAGCUCACUGGGAGGUGACGACAGCUCCGGGUCAUUUAUUGCGCCGUGGACGACACUUCUUGUUUUAUGUGUUGCCUUGGUGAUGUAAACAAGACAAUUUUUCCUCCAAAUCCUCCAUUCAUUGUGCCAUAUUGCAGGAAAUAGUGAUGACCGUUUUGUGAAGAUGUUUUUUAUACUACAUGUAUUUCACGUGUUUGUAUUCGACUGUCUUUUGAUGUGUUUGGUGCUACAUUUGGACAAAUGCUUUCCGUCUUCUGUUUUUAUAUUUUUGUUAUGAAAUAUUUUAAUAAAAUUGAUUUUUAUCUCUUA